GGGUAUACAGGGUAUACAGGGUAUACAGGGUAUACAGGGUAUACAGGGUAUACAAGGGUAUACAUGAAUAUACAGGGUAUACAUGAAUAUACAGGGUAUACAGGAUCUACAGGGUAUACAUCAGGGUAUACAGGGUAUACAGGGUACAUAGGUAUACAGGGUAUACAUGGGGUAUACAUAGGUAUACAGGGUAUACAUAGGUAUACAGGGUAUACAUAGGUAUACAGGGUAUACAGGGUAUACAUAGGUAUACAGGGUAUACAUGGGUAUACAGGGUAUACAUGGGUAUACAGGGUAUACAGGGUAUACAUAGGUAUACAGGGUAUACAUAGGUAUACAGGGUAUACAUAGGUAUACAGGGUAUACAGGGUAUACAUAGGUAUACAGGGUAUACAUGGGUAUACAGGGUAUACAUGGGUAUACAGGGUAUACAGGGUAUACAGGGUAUACAGGGUAUACAGGGUAUACAUAGGUAUACAGGGUAUACAGGGUAUACAUAGGUAUACAGGGUAUACAGGGUAUACAUAGGUAUACAGGGUAUACAGGGUAUACAUAGGUAUACAGGGUAUACAGGGUAUACAUAGGUAUACAGGGUAUACAUGGGUAUACAGGGUAUACAGGGUAUACAGGGUAUACAUAGGUAUACAGGGUAUACAGGGUAUACAGGGUAUACAGGGUAUACAUGGUAUACAGGGUAUACAUAGGUAUACAGGGCAUACAGGGUACAUAGGUAUACAGGGUAUACAUGGGUAUACAGGGUAUACAUAGGUAUACAGGGUAUACAGGGUAUACAGGGUACAUAGGUAUACAGGGCAUACAUGGGUAUACAUACAGGGUAUACAGGGUAUACAGGGUAUACAGGGUAUACAGGGUAUACAUGGGUAUACAGGGUAUACAGGGGUAUACAUAGGUAUACAGGGGUAUACAGGGUAUACAGGGGUAUACAUAGGUAUACAGGGCAUACAUAGGUAUACAGGGGUAUACAUAGGUAUACAUAGGUAUACAUAGGUAUACAUAGGUAUACAGGGGCAUACAGGGGCACACAGGGUAUACAUAGGUAUACAGGGUAUACAGGGUAUACAGGGUAUACAGGGUAUACAUAGGUAUACAGGGUAUACAGGGUAUACAUAGGUAUACAGGGUAUACAGGGUAUACAUAGGUAUACAGGGUAUACAGGGUAUACAUAGGUAUACAGGGUAUACAGGGUAUACAGGGUAUACAGGGUAUACAUAGGUAUACAGGGUAUACAGGGUAUACAUAGGUAUACAGGGUAUACAGGGUAUACAUAGGUAUACAGGGUAUACAGGGUAUACAUAGGUAUACAUGGUAUACAGGGUAUACAGGGUAUACAGGGUAUACAUAGGUAUACAGGAUAUACAUAGGUAUACAGGGUAUACAGGGUAUACAGGUAUACAUAGGUAUACAGGGUAUACAGGGUAUACAUAGGUAUACAGGGUAUACAGGGUAUACAUAGGUAUACAGGGUAUACAGGGUAUACAUAGGUAUACAGGGUAUACAGGGUAUACAUAGGUAUACAGGGUAUACAGGGUAUACAUAGGUAUACAGGGUAUACAUGGGUAUACAGGGUAUACAGGGUAUACAUAGGUAUACAGGGUAUACAUAGGUAUACAUAGGAAUACAGGGUAUACAGGGUAUACAUAGUAUACAGGGUACAGGGUAUACAUAGGUAUACAGGGUAUACAGGGUAUACAUAGGUAUACAGGGUAUACAGGUAUACAGGGUAUACAGGGUAUACAGGGUAUACAGGGUAUACAGGGUAUACAUAGGUAUACAGGGUAUACAUGGGUAUACAGGGUAUACAUAGGUAUACAGGGUAUACAGGGUAUACAUAGGUAUACAGGGUAUACAAGGUAUACAUAGGUAUACAGGGUAUACAGGGUAUACAUAGGUAUACAGGGUAUACAGGGUAUACAUAGGUAUACAGGGUAUACAGGGUAUACAUAGGUAUACAGGGUAUACAGGGUAUACAUAGGUAUACAGGGUAUACAGGGUAUACAUAGGUAUACAGGGUAUACAGGGUAUACAUAGGUAUACAGGGUAGACAUGGGUUACAGGGUAUACAUGGGUAUACAGGGUAUACAGGGUAUACAUAGGUAUACAGGGUAUACAGGGUAUACAUGGGUAUACAGGGUAUACAGGGUAUACAGAGUAUACAGGGUAUACAUAGGUAUACAGGGUAUACAGGGUAUACAUAGGUAUACAGGGUAUACAGGGUAUACAUAGGUAUACAGGGUAUACAGGGUAUACAUAGGUAUACAGGGUAUACAUGGGUAUACAGGGUAUACAUAGGUAUACAUAGGUAUACAGGGUAUACAUGGGUAUACAGGGUAUACAGGGUAUACGGGGUAUACAUAGGUAUACAGGGUAUACAGGGUAUACAGGGUAUACAGGGUAUACAGGGUAUACAGGGUAUACAUAGGUAUACAGGGUAUACAGGGUAUACAUAGGUAUACAGGGUAUACAGGGUAUACAUAGGUAUACAGGGUAUACAGGGUAUACAGGGUAUACAGGGUAUACAGGGUAUACAGGGUAUACAUAGGUAUACAGGAUAUACAUAGGUAUACAGGGUAUACAGGGUAUACAUAGGUAUACAGGGUAUACAGGGUAUACAUAGGUAUACAGGGUAUACAGGGUAUACAUAGGUAUACAGGGUAUACAGGGUAUACAGGGUAUACAGGGUAUACAGGGUAUACAGGGUAUACAGGGUAUACAUAG